AUAUAGACGAUUAUUUCAAAAUUAUUGACAAUGAAGAGUGUACUUAUGAUAAUUUUUUGAAAAAGUUCCGGCACGUCAUCCUGGAUUCUCCCCCUUAUACGGAGGAUUGGACAGGUAUAGAUGGAAUUUGGUACAGAAAAUAUUCUGAACUUGCUAAAAAAGCAGGCAAACAAGAAUAUCCACAUACACAAACAAAAUACUUUUUUGAGGAAAUUAUCAUGGAACGAAAUAAGAGAACUGUUCAAAGAAAUUACAUAAAUUCCAGUAUAGAUAUAUUGGACAAAUCAAGGGAAAUUGUUGUAAAUCAACUAAUUGUAGAUCUAUCUGAAGCAGUACCAAGUAAUGAAAAAAGACCCCAUGAAGAUGAAAUGGAAAAUUCCUCUAAGAAGUCAAAAUCAAUUAUUGAUAAUAAAUUUGAAGUAUUUGUUUCUGAACAAAAGGAUUUUUAUGUUAACAAAUCGCAUGACAAAAAGGAAUUUGGUAAUUGUGAUAUAAUUGAUUUAACUAUUGAUGAAGAAGAAGAAAAUGGAGAAAUAUUUUUUGAUAUUACUGAACUGUCAUUAAUGCAAGAAAAGGUCCAAAAAGCAAUUGAAAACAAUACUGACGAAUUGAAAAUUAAAUUACUAAGAUGGCAGCAACUUAUGCUUAAAAAAUUAGAUUCUGGUACAAAUUUUCCGACAAGUCAAAAUAUUCAUAAAUUGCUUGCUGCUUCAUCAGUUUUUUAUUUCCAACAAAAUGCUGAGCAUACAUAUAUUGAUUGUUUAACACCUUAUGAAAUUGCUGAAAUAAAGUCACUUGUCAACCCACACUUUGAACAUGUUGGAUUUUCAGAUGAUAUUAAGUUGUUUAAAUUUCGACGGGAUGCUCUUGAAGAACUUGAAAAAUAUAUCAAGGAAUGUUCAAUAAGUCAAAAUGGAUAUAUAAAUAAAACUUUUUUUAGAUUACUUGAAGAGUAUGUAUUAUGGAAUCCCUUAAUUGAUAUGAAAAAGUUAAACGAAGCAAAUUAUAUUGUGGAUUACUUGGGACCUAUUUUUAAUAAAACUAUACAUUAUUUCAAUUAUGUUAAUACUCAUUCAUGGAUUAGUAUAGAAUCUAAAGCUUCCAAAUUACGUAAAAGUCUUGCUGAUAGUAGAAUUCCAGACUAUAUGCUCAAAAAUCAAAAAAAUACUUGUUCAUCUGUUUUUUUAGAAGUAACAAGUCCUAAACGUGAAGAUGAAGAAAAAAAAAUUAAUUGUGAUAUUUACAGGGCUUCAAUACAUGCUAAGGAUGCUAUUGAUUAUGAUAUUAAGAAAUUUAAUAUUCAACCAUCAUCUGGGAAAAAACUAGCAAUUUUUAUAAACGGGUAUAAAAUGGUAGUAUGUGUAAUGAAACUUCAGUAUCCAGGAAUUUAUCUAAUGGUUGAAGUGGCCAAUUGUAUAAUCUCAAAUUCUGUUCGUGAAUUAGAAUCAAUCAUGAAACUUCAUCAGACUUUGAUGAGUAUCAGGGAAAAUGCAAUAGAUUAUCUGGAUGAAGCUGGAUAUAUAUAA